AUGAAAUUAAUUGAUUCUUUUAAAGAUGCAAUUAUAAAUGAACAAAAAUCAGAAAGUUUAGAAUAUGAGAGUUUAAGUGCUAAGAAAUUAUAUCAAUUGAAUCUAGCUGUUUUCGAUUUAGAUAUUGUUAAUUUAAGAACUAGUUUAAAUGGUAAAUCAGUAUUUGAAUUAAAGAUCAAUUCAAAUAUUGAUGAUGUUUCCAUAAAAAAUGGUGACAUUAUAAAAAUUAAAUUCAUGAAAGAUAAAGAUAAAAAAGAUGUUGGUAUUGAUGGUGUUGUUUUAAAAUGUACAAAGGAAAAUAUUUCAGUUGUAAUUGAUGAAUCGGUGAGUGAUGAUGAGAUUUUGCAAUAUUAUAAUAAUACCGACAAGAGUGAUUCUAGAGUUUGUUUGAUUAAAAUGGGAAAUUCAAUAACGUACAAACGUAUGUUAAUAACAAUGGAUAAAUUAAACACUUUUGAUGCAGGUGAUAAGAAUGACAUUCAUAGGAUUUUACUUGGAGAACUGAAACACACUAUUAAUGAAGAAAAAACUAAUUUUCAGUUGAUCAACCAGAACUUGAAUCCGUCACAACGUCAAGCUGCGGAAUUUGCUACCAAAUCAAAUAUAUCUGUUAUUCAUGGUCCACCAGGGACAGGUAAGACUUAUACUUUAAUUGAAUUAAUUCAACAAUUGACAAAUAUGGGUGAAAAAGUUCUAGUAUGUGGUCCAUCAAAUAUAUCAGUUGAUUUAAUAAUAGAAAAAUUAUCUAAAUCUUACAAUACUUCUGAUAUUAUAAGAAUUGGUCAUCCUGCAAGAUUAUUGCCAGUAAAUUUACAACAUUCAUUAGAAGUUCAAAGUAGGUCAAAUGAAGGUAAAGAGAUAAUUAGAGAUGUUGAAAAGGAUAUAAAUUCCACAUUAAAUAAGAUUAAGAAAGUUAAACGAUAUGCUGAAAGGAAAGAAUUAUAUCAAGAAUUAAAAUUUUUAAAAAAAGAGUUACGUAUAAGGGAAAAGAAAAUUGUGAAUGAUCUUCUUCAAAAUGCGAAAGUCAUAGUUGCAACAUUACAUGGAUCAGGAUCGUAUGAACUUCGAAAUUUGAAAUUUGAUACUGUAAUAAUUGAUGAAGUGGCACAAGCAUUAGAACCACAAUGCUGGAUACCAUUAAUGAAUAUAAAUAAAGACUUUAAAAGGUUUGUUAUAGCAGGAGAUAAUUUACAACUACCCCCAACUAUCAUGAGUAAGAAUAAAACUUGCCUAAAUUAUACUUUAUUUGAUAGGAUAGUUAAAUUACAUGGUGAUAAAUUUAAAAAAUUUUUAAAUAUUCAAUACAGAAUGAAUUCGAGUAUUAUGAAGUAUCCUAGUUUGGCAUUGUAUGAAAAUAAACUAAAAUGUGAUUCUACAGUUGAGACUAUAAAUCUUUUAGAUCUUCCAAAUGUUGAAGAUAAUGAAGACUCAAGAAUGAAAUGUAUAUUUUAUGAUACAAUUAAACAAUUUCAAGAAAGGAAACUAGACCAAGAUGAAACUGGGAAGAUAAAUAGUAGUAUCUCAAAUGAAGGUGAGGUGUCAUUGGUAAAGUACCAUUUACAAAAAUUAAUAGAUAGUGGCGUUAAAGAAGAAGAUAUUGGAAUAAUUGCACCUUAUUCAGCACAAGUGCAAUUAAUUAAAAAACAAUUUGAAGAUACAAAAAUUGAAAUUUCUACAGUUGAUGGAUUUCAAGGUAGAGAAAAAGAAGUUAUAAUUCUUUCAUUAGUUAGAUCAAAUGAUGAUAAUGAAAUUGGAUUUCUUGCUGAAUCUAGAAGACUUAAUGUUGCAAUUACAAGAGCAAAAAGACAAUUGUGUCUUAUUGGUGAUCUAGAAUUACUCGGUAAGAGUAAAAAUAAAUUCUUGGUUAAUUGGAGUAAGUAUAUUGAAGAUGGUGUAAGUGAAGGUACCAUUGAACCUUAUGAAAUAAUAUAUCCAGAUGUUCUUGAUUAUAUAGAAUAA